UCUUAUGAAUCUCAAGUCUUAACACUCACCAAAAUUCUGCACCAACCCAAGUGACGACAGCAUCCUUGUAACCAUUUUUGUCCCUUCUUCCUCCUAUCACUUUAACUGAUUACUAUUCCAGUAUUCCGCACUGUUCUUUUACAAUUGGACUGUUCCCUUUUUUAAUUUUUUAUUAUUAUUAUUUUGGGGUUUUAAAUUCUGGUGAUGUUGAUUGAUUAUGGGGAUUGUUGUUUGCUAUCUACUUGUUCGAGUUGCUCUAGGUUUACUGUUUAUCACGGGUUUGCUCUGGGUUAUGUUGCUCUGACAGUGACAUACUGCAAAAGUUAGUUAAUUUCAUACAUUUUGCCAUGAGUUCAUAGUUGUGAGUAAUUUUCGUGUUGGGGUUGGAGUUUGUACCUAUUGAUUUUAGGCUUGCUGGAUAGAAUUGAUUACGUAAUUACAGUAUUGUGGAAUGCGGAUUGAGUCGUACUUGUUGAUAAUAUGACUGAUUGCAGUGAUGAACGGGAGUUUGUAUUGUAUGAUUACAUAAUGUUUGUGAUUUUGCCUGAGAAGUGUUCGGGUUUUUUUCCCUUCCUCUUCUGUUAAUUUAGUCUCCGGCCUUAUUCCCUCUUGUGCUUAUUGACUCAGAUUAAUUCAGUAUUUGAGAGCAGUUUGAACUUGAACUUUGCAGAUUCAUCCCUGAGAAACUUUGAUCUUCCUCUUCUCAACACUGGAGAUGAAGACAUCAAACAACAUUAUACAUCAAUUUACCAUUUUACUUUUGUGUGUGGCCGUCUGGGCCGCAUCUGCUGAUCCCCAUCAAGAUUUUCUUAGUUGCCUAGUGCAAAACCACAGUGAUCCUAUUGGAAUGUCCAAUGUCAUUUCUACACCAAACAGCACUUCCUACUCUUCAAUCUUGAAUGCCACUGUCCAAAACCUGAGAUUUGCCCUGCCGAGCACCCCAAAACCUCGAGUGAUUAUCACUCCUGAUCAUGAAUCACAGAUCCAAACAGCAAUAUACUGCUCGAAGAAGCAUGGUUUGCAAGUUAGGAUCCUCAGCGGAGGCCAUGAUUUCGAAGGCAGUUCUUAUGUUGCCGAGGUCCCCUUUUUUGUCCUUAACAUGUUCAACUUUAGAUCAGUGUCAGUAGAUGCCAACAGCCGAACUGCAUGGGUUGGAUCUGGAGCUACUCUUGGUGAAACAUACUACAACAUAGUCAGAGUAAAUACUUCCUUGGCGUACCCAGCUGGAUACUAUCCCACUGUGGCCAUUGGUGGGCAUGUUAGCGGAGGAGGGUAUGGGCCCUUGCUCAGGAAAUGGGGACUUGCAGCUGAUAACGUUGUUGAUGCUCGUGUAGUCGAUGCAAAUGGAAGAAUUCUGGAUCGAGCAUCCAUGGGUGAGGAUCUCUUUUGGGCCAUUCGAGGAGGAGUAGGAGCUAGUUUCGUGGUCAUUCUUGAAUACAAGAUAAGAUUAGUUGAGGUUUCAAAUGAAGUCACUGCAUUCAGUCUCAAAAGAACCCUAGAACAAGAUGCCACAAAACUUGUCUACAAAUGGCAAAAUGUUUCGCACAAGUUACCAGAAGACCUGCUCCUUGAACUCCAAUUAACGGUUGUUCAGUCAAAUCAAACAGGUAACAGAACUGUUCAAGCAACAUUCGUUGGUCUGUUCGAAGGGGGAGUUGAUCAGCUUGUUGGCAUAAUGAACGAAAGUUUUCCUGAAUUGGGGUUGGCUAAAGAGGACUGCGUCCAGUUAAGUAGUUGGGUUGAUUUUAUCCCAUAUUUUUUUGAGCUGCCAUUAAAUUCGACAUACAGGAUACUUCUAACCAGAGUUCCUCCUCCCACCCCAAAGAGUUCCUUCAAGUCCACAGCAGACUUUGUUCAACAGCCCAUCCCAGAGGAGGGGCUUAAGAAAAUAUGGGAUGUUUUACUUGAAAUACCUUCCCCGCCUGUACAGAUGAAUUGGACACCUUUUGGGGCAAGAAUGGCUGCGAUUCCGGCAUCUGAGAUCCCAUUUCCACACAGAGGUGAAAACAUAUUCAUGGUCUUCAAGAAGGUUCAAUGGCAGGGAACAUCGCCAGAGCUGGCACAGGAGCGUUUUGCAGCAGCAAGAAAACUCCACAGCGUUAUCGGAGAGUUUGUGGAGAAUAACCCGAGACGUGCAUAUGCUGAUUACAGAGACCUUGAUUUGGGAGUAAAUAAUAUUGGCGAGACCAGUGUGGAAAAGGCAAGGAUUUGGGGUGGUCCCUAUUUCAGGAAUAAUUUUGACAGACUUGUCAAUGUGAAGACCAUGGUUGAUCCUGAUGAUUACUUCAGGAAUGAGCAGAGCAUUCCACCACGUCCAUCUCAUUCAUGCCAGUCUAACCAAGAAUCCACCUAG